GGUGGGCACUUCCGGGAAAUACAAAAUUUGGCAAAAAAGGUGGUGGAAAAAAAAUUAAAACCAAGGUUGUUAAUAUUCUAAAACAAUUUUUUCUGAAUGAUAACCUAAACCCCAAGGACAAAUUAACCGCCAAAGGAAUACACGAGGAAUUAUUAAGGUUUGCACAUUCUGGAGAAAUCAAAGAGGAUCAUGUGCCCAAAAUUGACACAAUCCAAAAUUGGAUUGGACGAUACUCGAAGGAAUUUAACCAGAGAGGAACAGUCAUUGAACUUGAAACUUUUAAAGCAACGGGCUCUUCAUCAAAUGACGAAAUUUAG